GUUUAUAUUUUCCACAGUUGGACCACUUUUUCUGUUUUGGAAAUAUCAAUAUAUCCUGAAACAUAAUUAUAAGAGGAAUAAAUGUAUAAAUGCAUACAGUGGCAGAUUGGAACCAGUCUUUGGUUGGCACAGUGUAGUGUUAGCCAAAUUCUAAAAUCUUCCUAGGAGAGCCUUUUUGUAUAGAUGCAAUGUGUAAUUUGAAUAUUGGAAGAGAGAACAUGUUAUUUUGUACAGUCAUUUAAGAUCUAUACUGUGCUAGUUCCUGAACAUGGUCAAUACAUCAAUUCUGCUUCCUGAAAUUGCAAGCCUGAUCUAAAUCACAGCCUGAGCCUUGCAGGCAUGUUAUCAUGGAAAGCUCUCCAUUGGUAUUGACAGCUGGUGCAGUCAACAGCAAGACUAUGAAGCAGGCAGCCCAGUUCUCUUGCCACCCUGCAGGGUGUGUGACAUUGGGAAUUUCUGUAAUGGAAAGGUUCGAAACAAGUAGCAAUUGUUAAAAUAGAUUACCAGGGCUUGGCUUGUACAUAUAUAGACAAGACCAAGGGCAGCGCUGCACUAAUAUAUAUUUGUUGGGUUGCUUUUAGGUGGUAGCAUUUUCUAAAUAGAAGGGACCAAUCUGAAAUUACAGCACUAUUCCCUCAUAGUUGUGUGGCUAUAAUUCAGCAGUGCUGUUUCACAUACAUAUUUCCCGUCUGUACAUGGACUAUGAAGAGGAUGAUGAUCUUUCCUUUGCAAAAUGGAUGAGUAGUUUCUGGGGCCAUAGUGUGACUGAUGAAAGAGAGAGCAGAGCACACAGGAAGCAGCAGAUAAGAUCGCUGAGUGAAAGGAGAGCCUCUCUUCCGGCCACGCUUUCUUCCAUCCAUAUGACAAGGCUUCAUGGUUCUACCAAGAUCCCAUCCUCAGGCCACCUAAAAGAAUUGCAAGAAGAUCAAGAUACAAAAUGCCAUUGUCAUAUGAAGGCAAGCAAAAAAUCCUCAAAUGGUAAUUCUUCCCAGGGGACAAGUGGACCAAACAGUAGAUCAAACUCCAUCCAGGAAUUUUCAGAAUCCUUUGAGAAGCAACUGCAUUUCAAAAACAAGCGCUCAGUUUCUUUGGAACCUGAAGGGAUGAAAGAGAGGAGAGAAAGAGAAAAACUGCAUAUUCCCAAGAGCAGGUCUCAUAAGAAAGCGGGAGAAAAGAAGGAGCCAAAGAGAGAGCAAGGUGAAGGAGAACACAACAUGGAAUUUGCAGCAGGGAAACAUAGUUAAUAAUUUCCAUGAUACCCAGGAAUAAAGAGGAAAUGUGUUUGCAUCCAUUAGGAUAGACUGACUUUUUAAAGAAAUGACGGUAUAAAAUAGAUUCUGACACUUAGCUUUUAUUCCCUAAAACUGCAAGUGUUAUAUAAGUAGAACAAAGCAUAAAUGUUAAAAUUAAAAUACUUUGUAUUCCUUUGAAGCUGUUUGUAUAGACCUGUUUAAAAAAACCACUACAUUCAAUCAGAAACAUUUAUCUAACCAACGUGAGCAAUAAAUAGUCAGACAACCAUUCAAUGUGUUAAUUUACAAACACAAAUAUAAAUAUGAAAGGCUUGUGCCUUGAAGAUGGCUUUUGUUAAAGUUGGAAGCUGAGCAAAGAUUCAGCAGUAGGCUCAUGAAAGAGGAAGAAUCAUCCAUACGUACUGACUGCUGACUUCUGCUGCAUGAUUUUAAGUUUCAUAGAUAACAAUACAGUAGUACCUCAGAAGUCGAAUUGAAUCCAUUCUGGAAGUCCGUUUGACUUCCAAAACGUUUGGAAACCAAGACACAGCUUCCGAUUGGCUGCAAGAAGCUCCUGAAGCCAAUCGGAAGACAUGUCGGACAUUUGGGUUCCAAAGAACGUUCACAAAGCGGAACACUCACUUCUGGGUUUGCGGCAUUCAGGAGCAAAAACGUUGGACUCACAAGGCAUUCAGAAUCCAAGGUACGACUGUAUUGUAAACACCUGUAUAUAAUCAUGUACUGUAUGAAAACAAAUUGGGAGUUAUUCUGGAUAUUCCAUGUCAAAGCUUGUUCUUUUCUGUUUGUAUAAAAGUAACACACAUGUUUUAAAUAUUCAUCCAAAACAAAUGUAUAAAUUAAAUUGCUUUGUAUGUUUAAAAUUCUAUAUAAAGGGAACCAAAACUUUA